AUGCCGGCAGUGGCCCCUUUGGCGCAGCAGGACCUCGAUGCAGCGGCACUCGCGGGGGCCACGACCAGCAGCGGCAAGGGCCGAAAGCGCACCAAGCAGCUCGACGACGUGGACAGCGAUGAGCUUUCGGAUGAAGACGAGGAGGGGGGCAGGCGGUGUGGCAAGAAGGGCAGGGCGCCGGGUUCUGAUGCUGCCCGCAACAAGGCCAGCCGUGAGAAGGCUCGGAGAGAAAAGAUCAACGACAGGUUUGUGGAGCUGGCGCAGCUCGUGGAGCCCAACAAGGAGCCCAAGACAGACAAGCUCACCGUACUUCAGGAGGCGAUCCGCACAGUGCAGCAGCUGCAGGUGGAGAACCACCAGCUCAAACAGCUGAACAAGUUUUUGGAGGAAAAGGCCGCCAACCUGGAGCGCGAUCGCGCACAGGCCAUGUUCUUCCAGAUGCAGAGCGGUGUGCUGCAGCAGCAGGGGGGCGGCAUGGCCGGCGGCGGCAUGGCGGCAGGCGGCAUGGGCGGCGGCGGCAUGAUGAUGCAGCAGCCGGUGGGGGGCAUGAUGAUGGGCCCGCCGGGCAUGAUGGGCAUGAUGCAGCCGGCAGGCAUGAUGACGCAGCAGCAGCAGGUUGUGCCUCCAGAUGUGCAGGCGCUGUCCCGUGCGCCGUCAGGCAGCACGCAACCUGCCAAGUUAUUGCAGCAGGACCAGCAGCAGACGGCUCAGCAGCAGCAGCAGCCGCAGCCGCCGCAGCAGCAGCAGCCCUCGCAGCAGCAGCCGCAGCUGCAGCAGCAGCAGUCGCUUGCGCAGCCCCUGCCAUCCAUGUGGCAGCAGCAGCCGGCCGGCCCUGACCCUCAGGCAGCAGCACAACAGCAAGUUAUGCUGCCGCCCGGCUUUGCGCCGCCCGUGGACAGCAAGGCGAUGAUGGCGGCGGCAGGCGGCGCCAUGAUGAGCAGCGGCGGCAUGGGGCAGGGCGGCAUGCCCAUGUACUGGCAGAGCAUGGUGCCGCCGACCAUGCUAGAUGCGAACCAGGAUUCGCUGCUGCGGCCGCCGGCUGCUUGA